ACAAUAUGCAACAAUUUAAAGUAAAAAGUAAUGCAAUAUUCAGCGCUAAUGCUUUAAAAAUCAAGCAUCAAAACUCAAUUUGUUUUAACACGUCGCGUAGUGGGGUUGAAUACGUCAGUGGUCAAUUAUCUUUUAUCACAAAUUACCAGUAGGAUAUAAUCCAAAAGCAACAGGCGUGCUUCAAACACUGCACCCCCGAGAUACUGAAAACAGGGUGAUGACAAACUUCACUAAGUUGAAUCCCUAAGCUGUAAGAAGCCGAACACAAUCUGUUGCUAUGAAAUCUCUUCCUCAUCACUGUAAAGUUGCAUCAGGGUUGAGAGGAAGUGGAAGUUUGUAAUGGAACGCUAGGUCGUAUUCCAUUACAAAUCUUACAAUUUGUCCAGAUCCUAACACAGCAUCCCUCCAGGUCACGGGGGAUCUGAGCAGGGAAGGAUUCCAUGAUCAUUAAAACCUGUUGCUGCUGUGCGGUUCAUUAGCUUCCAGGCUAUCCGGCUAUGAUCCGACAAUUGAAUGAGGUAACGCCGUAUCUUCCACGAAGAGGGCAGUCUGUCCGCUCCAGAUCCUCUAACGCUGCGGCCAUUACGAAAUAACAAACCUGUUGCUCGCAGAUGGUUCGCCAGUCCACUUGGGGUUCCGUAACGGUCUGGAUGUAAUCUGUGUCUUAAUGCUACAGGGUUGAGUACAUCUCGACCAGCGCUUCUUUCAGACUAGAGGGGAAUCCCUCACUAACUCCAUAUUGAUCCGGUUUAAGAAUGCACGGCCUGUAUACCUCGGCAUCAGAAUUCAAUUGAGCGGUAACAACCAGAGACCAGUAAUACCAAACCAUUUUUCUGUAUGAGAGAACGCGCUACACUCGUGGCGUAGGCCGUCUCGCGAAGAAGCCCGCGUCUGUCUUGAAAAACAAUGCAGCAAUACAUGUGACGUAAACAUAUAUACUGUGCGGGCCAAGGCGAAUGAAACGGUUGGCUACAACAAGGCAGAAUCUGUACCUUCACCAUAGCGGCGGGUAUUGAAUUUUGUAUGAGAGAAAACUAAUUAUGCAAACAUCUAGCACGCCAAUGGCGAGUAGAGCCAGGAUCGAUACGGCCGCUCUGCACAGUGUAGAACGACCGACUAUGAAGCCUCAUAGCCCGGUGCUGCUGUAAUACUCUUUGCCUCCCGCCUGAGUGUACCGCCUCGGAAGCAAUGGCGACCUGCUCGCAUCUCUGGCAGACAGUCUCUUGCUAGCUCGGUCGGGUUGUGCUGGUUUAACAUGCAGACGACAAAGAUGUGAAUACCUGCGCGUGAACAAGUGUCGUCUGCUGGUCGUGGAUAGCCGUCAGGGAUGGACAUUAAGCUGAGGUUUUAGGACACAAUGGACAGCCCAGAUAAUGUAACGCUGAAAGUGCCACUGUGUAGCUAGCUAGUCCACAGGAGGCAAGGCCAUUGACUGUAAACCAGAUCGACAGAAUUUGUCGCCGUAGAUCUGAUCGGAUAUACUGUUCGUAUUGCUUCACCAAUGCCGACGGAGUAAGGCGACGUAGUAUCACUUCACUUUUUCUUUCUUCUUCACCCUUCACCCCGUUUGUCAUUCUAACAAUUCAAAAUUGUUUUCCUAGAGGAUACAGAUCUUUUCUCUUCCAAGGGGAAUACAAUGGCCUCCGUGGCAGCGUGGCUUCCCUUUGCCCGGGCAUCCGCUAUAGGGUGGGUGCCCAUCUCACAGAACCCCCUCCCCCCACCACGGGUUCAGCCUGACCAUAAAAGAGGGGACGAGAAGCUCAGUAUCAAUGUGAGCGGGCGUCGAUUUGAAACUUGGAGGACUACGCUCGAGAAAUACCCAGACACACUUCUGGGAUCAAACGAGAGGGAAUUCUUCUUUGACGAGGAAUGUAAGGAAUUUUUCUUUGACAGGGAUCCCGAUAUAUUUCGGCACAUUCUAAACUAUUACCGAACGGGUAAGCUUCAUUAUCCAAGACAUGAAUGCAUCAGUGCCUAUGAUGAAGAGCUCGCUUUCUUUGGAAUUCUCCCGGACCUUAUCGGCGACUGUUGUUACGAGGAUUACAGGGACAGAAAGAGAGAAAAUAGCGAACGUCUCAUCGAUGACAAGGGAUCUGAGAAUGGUGACCCAAUACCCGUCGGGAACCUCAGGGAACGGAUGUGGAGGGCGUUUGAAAACCCUCAUAUAGGCACGGCGGCAUUAGUGUUUUAUUAUGUGACAGGAUUCUUCAUUGCCGUGUCUGUUAUUGCGAACGUCGUGGAGACGGUGCCAUGUGGUGUAGAAGUAGGAAAGAAGGAAAACCGGUCUUGUGGGGACAGAUUUCAUGUAGCCUUCUUUUGUCUGGACACAGCCUGUGUCAUGAUCUUCACUGCGGAGUACUUGCUUCGGUUAUACGCCGCUCCGGACAGAUGUAAAUUUAUGCGUAGCGUAAUGUCAAUUAUAGAUGUUGUCGCCAUCUUGCCGUACUACAUAGGACUCGUCAUCACCGACAACGACGACGUUAGUGGGGCUUUCGUCACUCUGCGAGUUUUUCGCGUAUUCCGAAUCUUUAAAUUUUCCAGACACUCCCAAGGAUUACGCAUUCUUGGCUAUACAUUGAAAAGUUGUGCUAGCGAGCUUGGCUUCCUUCUGUUUUCGCUCACUAUGGCAAUCAUAAUUUUCGCUACUGUUAUGUUUUAUGCAGAAAAGAAUGUGACAGACACGAAGUUCACAAGUAUUCCAGCGGCAUUCUGGUACACCAUCGUUACCAUGACUACCUUAGGUUAUGGUGACAUGGUGCCCAACACUAUUACGGGGAAGAUUGUAGGAGGUGUGUGUUCUCUCAGUGGUGUAUUGGUGAUCGCUCUGCCCGUUCCAGUUAUAGUGUCCAACUUUAGUCGCAUCUAUCAUCAAAAUCAACGUGCCGAUAAGAGGAAAGCUCAGAAGAAAGCCAGGUUGGCACGCAUUCGAAUGGCAAAGAAUGCUAGCGGUGCUGCUUUCCUGAACAGCAAGAAACGAGCUGAGGAAAUAAUGAUAGCGAGGGAAAGCGGAUUAGAGUUAGACGAAUACAAGGAGGACAUAUUUGAGAUGCAACAUCACCAUCUAUUAAGCUGUCUGGAGAAGACAACGGAUCGGGAAUUCACAGAACUGGAAAUGACAUUUAAUGGAGCACCCACCAAGCCAUCUGAGACCCCCCCUCCGUCUCCCGAUCCCUCCCUGGCCUCGUUACAGAGACGGCGAACUACCGGUUGCUGCGCACGCAGGUUUUCACCACAUCGAAGCUUUCUUGUAAAUAAAGGUCGAACACACGAUAGACAUGGCUUGGAACAGGAGGAACUGAACGACAUUCAAAUCCGACUUCCCACAAUAAACCGAUCCUCUCGCUCAAGCCUGAAUGCCGUUGAGUGUACAAAUAGUAAAUCUAACAAUACUCUUACCGUGACAACAGCGAUAGUGACACUCCCGACUCCAAGUACAACCUCAGAGACGGAAUCAUUAAAAACACAGAGUACAAGUGGGACUAUGUCUCCUCCGACCCAAUCCCAGAACCCGGGAGUUGUGAGGAUAUCUACCUUGUAACAGCAUUUCCGGGCAUUCCCAAGUAGAGUAGAAAUUUUCAACCACCUUGUUUAUUAUGACAUUUUUAUCAACUUCAAGUUUAUAUGCGUGAUUGUGAUAUAAGGCGAGUCACUGAAUUUCUUGUGGAUGGUAAGCAUUAUGACAUUUUCUUUAAUUAUCUUCCCAUUGGUGAUACUGUGGAACUUUUGCUGCGGAGGAGGAAUAGCUGUACAUUUUUAUCAGCCAGACAUGAGGAGACACUUCGAUUCCAGGCCAUGAUAUAGCACUGAACAAGGUGAAUACAUGAUUUGAGCUGAGGACGAUCUGCCUAUUCUUGUCGACCAUAUGCGUAUGGUUGUGAGAAUGGAACGAGUCUUGAUCUGUGUUGAUUGUUCGUACAAGAUGUGUAUCGCCUGAACACAAUCCAAUGAAAAGUCAUGUGAUCUGUACGCAACUAACCACGUGAUACACCACAAAGAUGGCGGUGCGUUUUACCACGUGAAAGUUUCAAAAGUGUAUUUCAUACAUGACCUACCCCGGAUAUUCCACAGAGAGCUGCAAUUUUCACACUCUUUGAACCUCGAGGAACGAGCACCGAAAAUCCCACAGUUGGAUGCUGUUGGAUAGCGUGUUGAUUGGAGCGUUCAAUUGUGAUUGCGAUACUUUUGAUAUUAUGGGAUGUUGGUUUACAAGGUCCUAACUCGCCCUAGUGGCGGUCUCGGAGAUGCAAUGUUCAAGCUUUACAAUGCUCCAGUACUUUGUUUGAACUGAUGAGUGUCCUGUACAUAUUUUCUAAUUUAUUUAUUUUACAAUUUUUGCAUAUCAUUUUAAUGUGUAUCGCAUCCUGAUCUCAACGUCCUGGUGGUCCCAGCCAACACGAGUCUGUACCGUACAGUGUACGGAGAUAGUGCCGUACAGUGUACGGAGUUUGUGCCGUACAGUGUGGAGAGUUUGUGCCGUACAGAGUAGGGAAUUUGUACUACAUGGUGUGCAGAUUGUGUGUCAUACGGUGUAUAGAUUCUGUACACGAAAGUGUGCAGAGUUUGUGGCGGACAGUGUAGAAAUGUGUGCGCUGUACGGUGUACACAUGUUAGGCCGUACAGUGCAGAGAGGCUAUGCCACAAGGUAAAGUGUUGAAACCGUACAAUAUGCCAUCUGUUCCGUAAUUGCACAUAAUUUGUACCAUGCAGGAUACUUAUUCUGUACCGUACAGAGUACAAAUUCUGUACUGUACAGUUUGCGGAGUCUGUACGUACAAUGCAGACCGUAGCCCCCUGGAAAAGCAGGAAAUCUGUAUCAAAUAUGUAUGGUCGACAUACUGUUGUCAGAACGUGUGCGAGACUUCAAGUUCUCAACUGAAUCUUUGCCGGACAACUGCACCAUUGAGGUCGGUACUGCCAAGAUGAACUUCUCUAGUUAUAGCUAGUUUAUCAAUUGCUUUUGCUCACAUGACAUAGACUAUAAUUCUAGAAUGUACGUUGAACUAUUUUUUGUAUAUUUGUUGUAAUGAGUGUAACACAAAUUAAGAAGGUUCGUAGAGUAGAUUUUUAGAUGUCUUUUAUGAAACGUAGCGUACUUUCAACUUAAUUGCAGAUAUAUUUGAUACAGAUUUCCAAAUGUAUUGAGAGUUUAUGACAUAGCAAAAUCAUGUGUACAAUGACACCUUUCAUUAAAUGGAAACUUAACACUGUACAGUAAUGUGUAAAUUUCCUUCCUGUUUACUUUUCCAUUUUCGGAAACGUGUAUAUUGGUGGAUGUAAGCAGUCAUUUCUAGAAACAUACUACGGGGAAUGUUCCUCGUUUUAACAUAAUGAGAAUCUAUACGACUGUGCUUGUGCUAAUAUUGUUUUUAUCCUUGAUGGGGAGAGGUCUUUUCAUGAUAUAAUUAAGCAGUAGUUUUCAUCUUGGUUUCUUUGCUUGAGGAGUUUUCGAUACCUAGUCCCCCAUAUAGUAUGCACCCGUCAGCGUCUCUCUGUACUCACCUAGUUUUAACCACACCCAGUGUAGAUAUCACACACAGUUUGAACAUAGUAACAGAUUUAUAUCAUUUUGUUGUUAAUUUUCAUAUUUUUUUUCAUUUUCUUGACAAACAUUGCAUACCUCAUUCUUUUUCAUGAAACCACAUCGUCUUAUCUUCAUCUGCCCGAAAUCUGGCACGGGAUUGUCGAAAAGGGGCUUAUUAUUAAUCUUCCAUUUCCACUACAAGAUCUAUCACUAACAUAAACGUUCACACAACAAAAGGUAGCAUUUGCAAACUUGUUGUAUUCAUUGAAACCAAAUUUCUUUCUUUGAAACGUCUGGUUUUGGUUUGAGAAUAUGUAAUUCUGGACUGGAUUGCAAAUUAUGCCUUUUGGGAGAUGACAUUUAUAUUUGAAAUUGCUAUUGAAGGUUUUCUGGUAGAGUGUUGUUGCUCUGGAAUGUUUCGUUCUAGGGGGUGUUAGAAUCCAAGUUUAAAAAUACGUUCCUGCACCCAUCUUGUCGCCAUGGUAACCAUGAAUUCAUUUGACGUCAUAUUCUUCAUUUUGCUGUGUAUUGCAACAACUGAACACAAUCGAUUAAUCCCAGCUGUAAUUCUGUGUUUAUAUUUCAAAUCAUAAAGCAUUUCAUAUGGCUCAAAAGAAUUUAAUGCUAUUAUAAAUUUAAAUAUCCUGAAAUAUUUGUGCAGAACAUGUCCUUACUUAGUCAGCAGAAACAUUCACGAAAACAACGUUGCUAUUUCAGCACAAAUGGUUAACAAUCUGGUAUCCAUGGAAACAGGAAUAUAACCAAAGUCUGGGGCUUCUAUUUAAAGACCAGUUGGUUGCUAGACACACAGUGG